GAGCCUUGGCCAUCUGUGCAGGACUCGUCGCUGUUGAAAUCGACAGGAUCCACUUGCUGCGGGAUUUAUUAGCUGAUUUCUCCUUAGACCUGUCCACCUCUGCUGCCCUGCUCCGGACAUAAGCUGCCGACAUGAAGCUUCCAGCGGCGCUUCUGCUGGUUUUAACAUCGACAGCUGUCACUGUUCAGGCCAUCGUUUACUUCCAGGAACAGUUUCUGGAUGGAGAUGGAUGGAUGAGCCGAUGGGUUGAGUCGAAGCACAACUCGGACUACGGUCAGUGGAAACUGAGCGCUGGAAAGUUCUAUGGGGAUGCUGAGGCUGAUAAAGGUAUCCAGACCAGCCAGGAUGCACGCUUUUAUGCCAUCUCAGCCCGCUUUCAGCCCUUUAGCAAUGAGGGAAAGCCUCUUGUCAUCCAGUUCACCGUCAAGCAUGAGCAGAAGAUCGACUGUGGAGGCGGCUAUGUCAAGAUCUUCCCAUCUGAUGUUGACCAGAACAACAUGCAUGGAGACUCCCAGUAUCACAUCAUGUUUGGGCCUGACAUCUGUGGAUAUAGCACAAAGAAGGUUCAUGUGAUCUUCAACUACAAGGGCCAGAACCACCUCAUCAAAAAAGACAUCAAGUGCAAGGAUGACGAGCUGACCAACAUGUACACACUCAUUCUGAAUGCAGACCAGACAUACGAGGUGCGGAUCAACGAUGAGAAGGUGGAGUCCGGCUCUCUGGAGGAUGACUGGGACUUGCUGCCUCAGAAGAAGAUCAAGGACCCAGAGGCUAAGAAACCCAGUGACUGGGAUGACAGAGCCAAGAUCGAUGAUCCCAGCGAUACCAAGCCUGAGGACUGGGACAUGCCAGAGACCAUCCCUGACCCUGAUGCUAAGAAGCCUGACGACUGGGAUGAGGAUAUGGAUGGAGAAUGGGAACCUCCUAUGAUCACCAACCCAGAGUAUAAGGGUGAGUGGAAACCCAAACAGAUUGACAACCCUGAAUACAAGGGAGCCUGGAUUCACCCUGAGAUCGACAACCCAGAGUACACUCAUGAUGCCACCAUGUACAAGUUUGAUAACAUUGGAGUGCUGGGCCUGGAUCUAUGGCAGGUCAAAUCUGGCACCAUUUUUGAUAACUUCCUGAUCACUGAUGAUGUCAAAGAAGCAGAGGAGUUUGGGAAGCAAACCUGGGGAGCAACUAAGGGACCCGAAAAGAAGAUGAAAGAGGAGCAGGAGGACAUGGAGAGGAAACUGAGGGAGAGGGAAGAGAAGAGCAAGAAGAAGGACACUGAAGGUGAGGAGGAGGAGGAGGAGGAGGAGGAAGAAGAGGAGGCAGAGGAUGAGGGCGAGCAUGACGAGGAGACAGAUGAGGAUGCCGGGACAGAAGAUGAUGGUCAGGUCAAACAGAAGGAUGAGUUGUAGAAGAAAAGACCCUCUGUGUGCUCCCCUGUACAGCUUCAAAUGAGCAACUGGACUCUGUUCUUUCUUACAGCAGCCUUUUAUUCAGGUGUAGGGGUGGGAUAAGGUGGAAGGUGGGGUCAGGUCCCAUUUCUUUUUUUAAGUGAUUCCCUUGCUUUUUUUUAAGCCUUUAAAUUUAAGAUGGGAGAAGGGUUUAUGUGUGUGUGUGUGUGUGUGUGUGUGUGUGUGUGUGUGUGUGUGUGUGUGUGUGUGUGUGUCUGCUUCAGUUGAGACUUUUCUAAUUUAAUGUGAUUUAUUGAAUGCAGUGUGUCCCACGGCAUGUGUCCUCACUGCAGUUACUCACAGAGUGGUGGGAUGCACAGUGAACUCUGGUGUUUGGCUCAUGCAAUUUGAUUUCGCUUGUGUGUUGUUAUACUGUUUUGUGAUUUUAACCCCUUCAUAAUUUACAUCAUCAUCAUUACAUCGUCAUUACAUUCAUUCACUGUGGACAACACAGCUCCCAAAUCUCUGAUUUUGGAUAUAUGCCCUUGCCUCCAACUGUGUGUGUGUGUGUGUGUGUGUGUGUGUGUGUGUGUGUGUGUGUGUGUGUGUGUGUGUGUGUGUGUGUGUGUGUGUGUGUGUGUGUGUGUGUGUGUGUGUGUGUGUGUGUGUGU